GAGACACGACGACAAUAAAAUCCUCUGGAAAUCUUAGCCCAACUCAGUAGCAAGCCUAAUUCUUACUCUAUCAGACGACGAUAAUCUCGAAAAACCACCAUACAAAAACCAAGAGAAAUGCCCACAGAGCCAGCCUUGGUUCGACUCUCUCCUCAGGCGCAGUUAGAUCGGGCUCAGACCGGUACCGACGGACACAACCAAGCCCUCAGGCUUCGCUCCUACGAGACAACAUCUACGACACAGUCCAAGAGCCCAAAGCUAAAGCCCAACAAACGACACACUUUCCAAGACAACCUGCCCAGUCCCACAGAGCCCCAGCGUAAAGAGCAAUAUCACAUCCUUCAACGUCCGGGGCCUCUCUAAACUCCCCUUCACCUGACUCUGAGCUACACUCUCCAAACUCACCUGUAACCCCGCGGCCCGAAUCACCGUGAUCAGCAACAACAUCAUCAUCAUCAUCAUCAUCAUCAUCACGAUGGAAAGGAAAGAAUAAGCGAAGGACGCGUCGACACAACCCGGGGAUG